ACACUCUCCGGCAGGCGCUGCCUGUGACGUCACUCGCUUCUCGGAGGACUUCACCCCUGAACUUCCAGACGCUCUAGCUGUCGCCAGGGAAUCUAUGGUGAUCCCGGCUGGACCCGGAGAUGCAGCUUACGGUGAAAGCGUUAAAAGGAAAGGAGACCAACCUGCAGGUCUCCGAGAAUGACACAAUUCUUGCAGUAAAAAGACAAGUAGAAGAAAAGUUACAGGUGCCGGUGUCGCAGCAGAGAUUGUUGUUCAGGGGUAAAGCGCUGUCAGAUGAGCAUAGUCUUUCUUUUUACUCCAUUGGGCCUGGUGCAAGACUGAAUCUAAUGGUAAAGGAACGAUCCUCACUGGAGGUCGGAGGAAACGCAGUUUGGAAAUCCCUGGCUGUCAUCCUGGGGAAGCACUUUAGCCCCUCUGAUGCCGAGAGAGUUCUGGAGUAUGUACAAAAGGACUACGAGCGCAGUCUCUCUCUUCUUAGCCUUGAUGAUGUUGAACGAUUGGCUACGAGAAUUCUCCACCCACAGCUGCCAGAAACCAUAGAUCUCGGAUUCCUGGACUGAAAUAAUAGUAAUACCUCCACCCCACGUGUUGUCCUGUCUCUCCUGUACAGCGCUACUGAAUGGGAUCAUAAGUGUAAUAAAGAUACCAAAUGACCAGGA